AUGGACUUGAUGCUUGCAAAUUCCUCAAGAAAGAGGAAUUUUCCCCUUAACUCUUCCCCAGCCACGCAAGUACCAGCUGUUAUCUCCCCUGGGAUACCGAGUUUCGUGCGCCGAGCGUCGAUCAGCUUAGCUCAUCUCGGCUUUAUCCGAUGCCUACGAUGCCGCCUAAGAAACGUGCAUACGUACCAAAGACGAAGGGUUGCCAUGAAUGCUCAAAGCGGCGAAUUCAUUGUGAUAGGAAUGAACCGAGCUGUAAUAAGUGUACUUCCAGAGGCUUGAGUUGCAGUGGCCUUGGUAUUCGACAUCGGUUUAACAAGGGUGUCGCUGCGAGAGGAAAGUGGGCUGGCAAGACUAUCGACAGGGUUUAUGAGGAGAAUGAAUGGAAGGUCUCUUCAGCUGACAAGGACGCAUCAGCAUCUUCGGGAUCAAGUUCAGCCCCAGAUACAAAUCCGGAAACCACGGAAUCCUAUCAUAUUGACAAUGAUGAAGAUGAUAUCGAUUAUAUCACAUCGGAAACUGGUACCUACGACCUUGUGCUAGCAGAUUCACAAUCACCCACAGACCGUGAGGUUUUCAUGACACUCUUUUUGAAAGGAGUUCCAGAUAACAUGCCAGCGUGGAAGAGGAAUCUCUUCAUGACGUUUUCACGGUGUAUAUCAACGGAGAUGGUAGCCAUAGACGGCGUUCACAACGACUGGCGCCACCUCCUUCUUCCACUCGCUCAACAAGACGAACUCGUCAUGGAUGCCGUCCUUACCGUCUCGGCUUUUCACUUCCACAUCAACAAGCUAGACAAUAAUUUCAAGAAGAACCAGAAGCAGUACUCUGCUUUCGGAACGAACACAUACGAUACUUACGUCCCUGAUCCAUAUCAACUUCUGGGCCGAACACUGCAAGGUCUACGGCAACGUCAGGAACUGAUAUGCAAUAAUCAAACUACCCAGCACUCGGUACUCAUCAGCCUUUUGCUUCUAAUGACAUCCGUGCUUGUCACUGGAGGCUCAGACUUUCCUGUCCUUUUGCGAAUGCUCGAGUCAGCGCUGGACGCUAUUGGAGGAAAAGAAGGGCUCGGUACUGGCAUAUUGGCCGGCUUUAUCAUGCGUGAGCUUCACAAGAUCCGAGUUUAUGCUGCCCCGCAUCUCGGGGAAGAAACAGGUCUCCAAAUGAUCUCAUCUCAAGCCCGAACAGAUCAACUCUUCGGCUGUCUCAACCACUGCCUCCAACUCUACCCAGAACACACACCACUCUUCUCCCAAGUCGCAAGCCUCGUCUAUCAAGCCCGAGAUAUCUAUCUCCAACAGGUUCUCUCCGACCAUACCUCCAACUUCUUCGACCUAGAUCCCAUACCCACCAAUCCCGAGUCGGUAGCACGCGUGCAGCGCUUCAUUGAAGCCCUCGAACAGUUUCCAGAGACUUCUCCCGUGGCACAUAUGUUAGUCUGGACGACAUUUGUAGCAGCGUCUGAUGCCCAGCUUGAAGAGCACAAGGUGUAUUUUGAGAAUGUUUUAAGAAAACAUCAUGCGAGAAGUGGGUUUGGGAAUUUGUUGAAGGGCAUUGAGGCGUUGAAGAGGAUGUGGGGUAGAAAGCCUGGUGAGAGAUGGACGACUCUUUUACCGCAGACAAAGGUUCUUGUUGCUUGAAAGGGAAAGAUUGAGAUCACGUAAAAUGGCGAUUGGAAGACUUGGCUUUUGAUAAUAUCCUAAUUUCAGAUUCUUCAGUUUGAUACAAUUUGAGUUACAGUCGCUAAGGCAAUAAAUAUGAAUGCUCCCAAUGAAAGACCUG